AUCCGCCAACGGCCAGAGGCCGAGGCUAACGAGAUUGUGAAGCGCAUCCGGAGGGGCGAGGACCCGGAGUGCAUUGUGCGUUUCAUCAAGGAAGGCGACUUGCUUUUGCAGCUUGCCCUAGUCCCGGAAACACGAUACCGAUAUAUUUCCCCCUUUCUCGAGGAAAUGCGGGCGUCUCUGAUGCGACCGGAGAGCCCCUAU